AUGGAUGCUAAUUUCGAGCAUAAAUAUCGCAAAAGCCGUCAAAAUGGCACCAUUUAUGUGACCACACGUUCGCCAGUGUCACCAGAGCGGCAAAAAGAACUAGAUUCGGGUGCUGGUGAGCUAUACCUCAAUGGCAUACAAAGAGAAUACACCGUGGACCAAAUUAUGCAGGUGGCCCAUAUGCUGGGGGAUGUCUAUAAGCUUCGUUUCAAGAUUGAUUUCUCGGGUGAAAGUCGUGGAUUUGCCUAUUUGCAGUAUAUCGCUGACCACAACAUGGAAUGUAUGAUGGACAUUUUGACGUUGCGUUUUAAGCUGGCCAGUUUGAGUAUUAAGGUGUUCCCGUCCAGGAAUAUUAAGAGAUUGCUGUUACACAAUGUGGAGCAUCUGACACCGGUGCAAGUGUACCAGAAACUACGUCACAUUUGUCACUUUGCCAAACUGGUUGCAGACGAGCUCAUCCAUCAGGGCGACAAGUGCAGCGCAUUCUAA